AUGUCUCUGCUGCCACAAACAAAUUCUAUGCCGGAAAUCACCAGAAAAUUACCAGAACUUGAGGAUGAAUUAGAUUAUCUUGAUGCUAUUGUUAAAUCUGAAUCGUGUUCUGAGGAUGAUGAAACGACUUUAGAAAGAUUCAUGAAUUCCGAGGUGACUAUAGAAGAAGAAGUCAAACAGGAGCCAAUUGAGGCAUUCGCUUAUGGAUGUGAUAUUUGUAAUCGUUCAUUUGCAGAAUCACAUCAAUUGAAAAAGCAUAUGGUCGUUCACAAGCGUAGUCGUAGUAAAGAACGCCCUUUCAAAUGCGAAAUCUGUAAGAAGACUUAUAAACAAUUACAAGGGUUGAAACUACACAUGAAUACACAUACUGGAAAGUUUCCCUUUAAAUGUGAAAUAUGCGGUAAGACAUUCAAUAAUAAAGGCCAUCUGCCAGGACAUAUGUUAAUUCACAGUGGUGAGCGCCCCCAUGAAUGCAAUGUAUGCAAUAAGAAAUUCACACUAUUAGGUAGUUUGAAAACACAUAUGAUGAGACACAAUGGAGUACGCCCCAUGAAUGCACCAUAUGCAAAAAGAGAUUCACAACAUCGUAUGAUAUGA